AUUUCCAGCAGUGCCACCCUAGAGGGUAAAGGUCAACUGAAAUUCACGGCUGGGAAGUGGAGUCCGCAUCACAACUGUACCCAGCUGGCCACAGCCAACGACACAGCAAUCAGAGGCUGGGACCUCCGCACCAUGAGUCAGAUCUACUGCAUAGAGAAUGCUCACGGGCAGCUGGUUCGAGACCUGGACUUCAAUCCUAACAAACAGUACUACCUGGCCAGCUGUGGGGACGACUGCAAGGUCAAAUUCUGGGAUGUGAGAAACAUCAACGAGCCAGUCAAGAACCUGGAGGAGCACUCCCACUGGGUGUGGAGCGUGCGUUACAACCACUCUCAUGACCAGCUGGUGCUGACCGGCAGCAGUGACAGCAGGGUGAUUCUGUCCAACAUGGUGUCCAUCUCCUCUGAGCCCUUCGGUCACCUGGUGGACGACGAUGACCUCAGCGACGGAGAGGACAACCACCAGGACGAGAAGAGUAAGGAGCCCCUGCAGGACAGUAUCAUCUCUACCUAUGAGGAGCAUGAGGACAGUGUGUACGCGGUGGAGUGGUCCUCGGCAGACCCAUGGCUCUUUGCCUCACUCAGCUACGACGGCAGACUGGUCAUCAACAGGGUCCCCCGCGCACUCAAAUACCAUAUCCUGCUCUAGGCAGACCUCACACUGGACUGAGGAGAGAGGGGGAGCCAACCGUGUCCAAGGGCCGUCAGGAUAGCCACACUCACCAGACCCUGCACACACACUCUCGCUCUAUCGCUCUCGCUCUAUCGCUCUCUUUCUCACCCUCUCCCUUUCUAUAAAAUAACUGAUAACGCUAAACAAUCCAUUCCCCUUUAAUGACGCAGAUGACUAUGUACAGUGCCUUCGGAAAGUAUUCAGAUCCCUUGACUUUUUCCACAUUUUGUUAGGUUACAGCCUUAUUCUC